CUAAAGAAAAUCCACUUUUCCAGUCUUCCAAGUUCCUGGGAGCAUCAGCUGCAGGAAUUGCUACAAAGCUGGUGUGGACAUGUUGACGACCAUGGGAUGUCAGAUUUGCAAGGACUCUUUUCCUCUCUAGAUAUCUCUGAAGGCUUGAGGUUUAAUUUCCCAGUGGAAUAUUAAAAAGGGUCAUGAGUCAAAUUGAUGCUCCACGGCCUCUAAACUGGACCAUUCGCAAGCUGUGCCACGCUGCCUUUCUCCCUUCUGUCAGACUUCUAAAGGCCCAGAAAUCAUGGAUAGAAAGAGUGUUUCACAAGAGAGAAUGCGUGCACAUUAUACCAAGCACAAAAGACCCCCAUAGGUGUUGCUGUGGGCGUCUCAUAGGACAGCAUGUUGGGUUGACUCCGAGUAUAUCCAUCAUCCAAAAUGAGAAGAAUGAAGGCAGAUUCAAUCGUAAUGAUGUUCAGUCAGAAAAGUGGUCGGUUGGAAAACAUACACAGCUCAGUCCCACAGAUGCCUUUGGGACUAUUGAAUUCCAAGGAGGGGGGCACUCCAAUAAGGCCAUGUAUGUUCGUGUUUCAUUUGACACCAAGCCGGACCUUCUGCUGCACCUCAUGACAAAGGAGUGGCAACUAGAACUGCCAAAGCUUCUCAUAUCUGUCCAUGGAGGCCUCCAAAAUUUUGAGCUACAGCCAAAACUAAAACAGGUCUUUGGAAAAGGCCUAAUCAAAGCUGCCAUGACAACAGGAGCCUGGAUAUUCACUGGAGGAGUAAACACUGGUGUCAUUCGCCAUGUAGGAGAUGCUUUGAAAGACCAUGCAUCAAAGUCAAGAGGGAAGAUCUGCACGAUUGGUAUUGCCCCCUGGGGAAUAGUAGAAAAUCAGGAGGACCUCAUUGGCAAAGAUGUUGUUCGGCCAUAUCAGACCAUGUCCAAUCCCAUGAGUAAACUGACAGUUCUGAACAGUAUGCAUUCACAUUUCAUUCUUGCUGACAACGGGACAACUGGCAAGUAUGGCGCAGAAGUCAAACUACGGCGACAACUGGAAAAACACAUCUCCCUGCAGAAAAUUAAUACAAGAAUUGGUCAAGGAGUUCCAGUGGUGGCUCUUAUUGUGGAAGGUGGACCAAAUGUUAUAUCGAUUGUUCUGGAAUAUCUACGCGACAGCCCACCUGUUCCGGUUGUGGUCUGUGAUGGAAGUGGACGUGCAUCCGAUAUUCUUGCCUUUGGACAUAAAUAUUCAGAAGAAGGAGGCCUUAUCAAUGAAUCCUUAAGGGACCAGCUACUAGUUACAAUCCAGAAGACUUUUACCUACACUCGAAACCAGGCUCAACACCUUUUUAUGAUCCUUAUGGAGUGUAUGAAGAAAAAGGAGCUGAUUACAGUGUUCAGGAUGGGAUCAGAAGGUCAUCAAGACAUCGAUUUAGCAAUCCUGACAGCUCUGCUUAAAGGUGCCAACGCCUCUGCUCCUGAUCAGCUGAGUCUUGCAUUAGCCUGGAACAGAGUGGAUAUUGCUCGGAGCCAAAUCUUUAUUUAUGGACAACAGUGGCCGGUGGGGUCCCUGGAGCAGGCAAUGCUGGAUGCUUUGGUGCUGGAUAGAGUAGACUUUGUGAAACUACUUAUAGAGAAUGGAGUCAGCAUGCACCGUUUCCUCACCCUCUCCAGGCUAGAGGAGUUAUACAACACGAGACAUGGGCCAUCAAAUACCUUAUACCAUUUGGUCAGGGAUGUCAAAAAGCGAGAAUAUCCAGGUUUCGGCUGGAUCUAUUUUAAGGGAAAUCUACCUCCAGAUUACAGGAUAAGUUUGAUCGAUAUUGGCCUCGUUAUUGAGUAUCUUAUGGGAGGAGCAUAUCGUUGCAACUAUACCAGGAAAAGGUUUCGAACUCUUUAUCACAAUUUAUUUGGGCCAAAAAGACCAAAAGCACUGAAGUUAUUAGGAAUGGAGGAUGAUAUCCCGAUGAGAAGAGGAAGGAAGACGACCACAAAAAAGAGGGAAGAGGAGGUGGACAUUGAUUUAGAUGACCCUGAAAUCAAUCAUUUCCCUUUCCCAUUUCAUGAGCUCAUGGUAUGGGCCGUGCUGAUGAAGAGGCAGAAGAUGGCUCUGUUCUUCUGGCAGCAUGGGGAGGAGGCAAUGGCCAAAGCUCUAGUAGCCUGCAAGCUCUGCAAAGCAAUGGCACAUGAAGCAUCUGAAAAUGACAUGGUUGAUGACAUAUCACAAGAGUUAAAUCACAACUCCAGGGAGUUUGCGCAGUUGGCAGUAGAGUUAUUGGACCAGUCCUACAAACAGGAUGAGCAGCUGGCAAUGAAACUGCUGACCUAUGAGCUAAAGAACUGGAGCAAUGCCACAUGCCUGCAGCUUGCCGUAGCAGCCAAGCAUCGGGACUUCAUUGCUCACACAUGCAGCCAAAUGCUGCUGACCGAUAUGUGGAUGGGCAGACUCCGGAUGCGCAAAAAUUCUGGACUUAAGGUCAUUCUAGGAAUUCUACUUCCUCCUUCAAUUCUAAGCUUAGAGUUCAAAAACAAAGAUGAGAUGCCAUACAUGUCACAAGCAAAUGAAAUUGAUCUGCAAGAGAAGGAUGUAGAAGAACCAGAGAAGACUGUAAAAGAUAAAGAAGAUGAUGACAUGGAGCUAACGGCAAUGUUGGCCAGAGGCAAUGGAGAUACAUCUAGAAAGAAGGAUGAUGAUGAGCACCCAAGACAUCGGCUUAUACCACUGGGGAGGAAAAUCUAUGAGUUCUACAAUGCGCCAAUUGUUAAAUUUUGGUUCUACACUAUGGCUUACAUAGGCUAUCUGAUGCUCUUCAACUACAUAGUACUAGUAAAGAUGGAUCGGUGGCCCUCAUCGCAGGAGUGGAUUGUUAUCUCGUACAUCUUUACUCUGGGAAUAGAAAAGAUGAGAGAGAUCUUAAUGUCUGAACCGGGGAAGUUGUUACAGAAGUUUAAAGUAUGGCUGCAGGAAUACUGGAAUGUCACAGAUCUCAUCUCCAUCCUGCUUUUCUCUAUCGGGAUGGUGUUUCGAUUGCAAGAGCAGCCGUUCAGCAGCUAUGGGCGAGUGAUAUACUGUGUGAACAUCAUCUACUGGUAUAUUCGUUUGCUCGAUAUCUUUGGUGUGAACAAGUACCUUGGGCCAUAUGUUAUGAUGAUUGGUAAAAUGAUGAUUGACAUGAUGUACUUUGUGAUCAUCAUGUUGGUGGUGCUGAUGAGUUUCGGUGUGGCAAGACAAUCCAUCCUCUUUCCUAGUGAGGAGCCUUCCUGGAAAUUGGCUAAGAACAUUUUUUACAUGCCUUAUUGGAUGAUCUAUGGUGAAGUGUUUGCUGACCAGAUAGACCCUCCUUGUGGAUACAAUGAGACUACAGGAGAUGGUAAAAUAAUUCAGUAUCCCCCAUGCAAAACAGGAGCAUGGAUUGUCCCUGCAAUCAUGGCCUGUUACCUGUUAGUUGCAAAUAUUCUUCUAGUAAACCUCCUGAUAGCAGUAUUUAAUAACACAUUCUUUGAAGUCAAGUCAAUAUCAAACCAGGUUUGGAAAUUCCAGCGGUACCAGUUGAUAAUGACAUUUCAUGAAAGGCCUGUCUUGCCACCACCAUUGAUUAUUUUCAGCCAUUUCACUAUGAUAUGUAAACAUCUGUGCUGUCGCUGGAGGAAACAUGAAAGUGACCAAGAUGAAAGAGACUAUGGACUAAAAUUAUUUAUAACAGAGGAUGAACUUAAGAAGGUACAUGAUUUUGAAGAACAGUGUAUAGAAGAAUAUUUCAGAGAAAAAGAUGAUCGGUUUAAUUCUUCCAAUGAUGAAAGAAUCCGAGUAACUGCAGAAAGAGUGGAAAAUAUGUCCAUGCGCCUUGAGGAAGUCAAUGAACGGGAACACUUCAUGAAGGCUUCCCUUCAAACGGUGGAUAUAAGACUUGCCCAACUUGAGGAGCUGCUGGGAAGAAUGGCUACAGCAAUGGAAAGACUCACUGGAGUUGAUAAGGAAAAAUAAAAAAGGAUCCAUAGACUUCAGUGGAACACUGCCCCAAGUGGUAGGGCAUACCUGCACUUAUUUAUUCAUAUCUGGAACCAUUGGAAUACCAAUCUCUUGCACUGAUAUGAUGAGUGAUUUUGACCACAGUACACAUGAAGGUUGUUAAACUUUUAGCACCAAAAGGUAACUCAGUAUCAUAACAAAUGCGCUGAUGCCAGCACUAGAGGAGAUAUAUUUUUCAGAUUGUUAAUAAGAUAUAUUUAAAGCCGGGUUACGGUCAUUAGGUCGACAGCACUUAAGCCGACAGUCAUUAGGCCGACCACUAUUGGUCGACAUGCAUUAGGUCGACAAGGAAAAAUGUCGAUAUGAGUUUUUCACAUCUUUUUUCUUCAUUUUUGAAAAUUUUUUAUACUUUACGAUCCAUGCGAGGGGACACGGUGCACUAGUUGGGGUUCCCCAUCACUUUACGAAGAAAACGACACCAAAAACAGUCAAAAAACUCAUGUCGACCUUUUUCCACGUCGACCUUGUACAUGUCGACCUAUUGACCAUGUCAACCUAAUGACCAUGUCAUCCAAUAGUGGUUGACCUAAAGACUGUCGACUUAAGUGUCGUCGACCUAAUGAACCAUACCCUUUAAAGCCUCAGGAUAUGUGUUACUAUAUCAGAAAGUGGAAGGUAAUUUGCAAAAAUAUGUUUCAAAUAUAUAUUUUCAGAAUUAUCUUGGGUGAAUAUGUGAAUGUAUGCAGGUUGAUGAACAUUUGAAAACAGAUUUUUACAACUUUUGUAAACUAUUCUUGUGAAGUGCCAUAUGUAACACAGAGCCUUACGAGAAGUGGAUUUGUUGCCUGCCACUAGAAACAAAGGGGGUUGAAUCAGUGUGUGUUAUUUGUUCCCUAGUACUGAAUGCUUGUUAUAAUAUAUUUGCACUGGAUGAGAUGACAAGGCAUUAUAUGUGCCCUGGAUGAGAUGACAACACAUUAAGCCUGUGAUAAAGCAAGAUCUUUUCUUUGUUUCUUUAUGAAUUCAUACAUGAAGUAGAAUGCUAUUGACCAAUGCUCCAAAGGACCAACCACACAUUGGCAUAUCAAUAAAGGAGGUUCAAUUGCAUUUGACUUGCCGCAGUUAAUCAGUCCUUCCUUGGAAGUCAACGCGAGGUACCUGUGUUGAGCAAAAAUUAAUGAAAUAGGUAACAUCCGAAAGACUAUUAUGCCACUUGUCAUAUAAAUGCAGUUCUCCCAACUACGAGUAGAAAUGCAGCAUGUACGGUAUAUGGUGGCAUUGGAAAGAAUGGAUUCAAAUGUCACCCCCUGUUUAUAUGCUAGCAUACUAUAGUUUAAGAAAGCUAGCAAACACUGGCUAGUGGAUAGGUUUGCCUAAUGUACAUGUCAAUCUUCAUUUUGAAUCACUUAAUUACAUAAACUGUAUAAUACGAAAUGUAUUCAUCAAAAACAUUUAAACAUUUGCAAACAAUGGGGCAUAUGUAUUAAGCCUGGAGAAGUGAUAAAGCAGUGAUAAAGCAAGGUGAUAACACACCAGCCAAUCAGCUCCAAUAUGUAAAUUGACAGUUAGGACCUAAUUGGCUGAUACAUUACCACCUUCCACUUAUCACUGCUUUAUCACUGCUUUAUCCAUUCUCCAGGCUUAAUACAUCUGCCCCAAUGGCUUUUAUUGCAGAAUUUUACAUGAGGUGUUUAGUGUAGAUGAGGUAAUAGAUGGAACAUAUUAAUGGGUCGAUUCAAUUAUGCUCAGUCCUCUCACACCUUCAAGACACUUAUGGUACCUCCGGAUUCGCAGAUUAGUUUUUGCAGUACCAUAGGACUGUAAGCAAAAAUGUGGAAGAGAGCGGUUUGAGUCGAGGCUGCAAGGGGGGGAUAUGUUGUGUUGGUAUUGGCAUGGAAAUGCCAUUGCAAUAACAAAUCGCACCCUUACUGGGUAAAUGAAUUUGCCUCUAAGCACUCAUACAAUAUUUCAUCUAAACAUAUACAUUUCUCAUUUGUUGUUGUUGGUUUUUUUACCGUUACCUUAAAGUAUAUACUCUUCAAAGUAACUUUAUCUAAUACAGUAAAUGAUAAAUAUAUAUCUUUUAAUUGUGUAUUUUUUCUUAUGAAUCCAGAAUUUAGCUGAUAUUCUAGAUUUGAAUAAUAUUCAUCUUGCCAAUAUCAGACGGUCAUAAUUUCAGUUCUCGUAGUUAGAAUUUACCUCUCUUGCACUCCGGAAUGUGCCCCAUUAAUAGGCAUAACGGACUGUGACUGCAGAUUGCUCACCCCACACGGCAAGAAACUAUGAGGAUUUGUAUGAUCCUUUUUGUUUUCUUGGUGAGCUUAAUCCCAGGCCACAUGAGAUGUUUUAUAUUUGGACACAAAUGCUAUAAAUAGCUAUCAUUCAUUUAUAUGGAAGAGAGUAAAGAACUGCAGCUCGUGUAAUCAGCCCUAUGAACAGCUUAGGACUGUCCUGGAAAACAAACUGCACAAUAAAAUUCCUCUUUUCUGCACAUGGAAUACAAUUUAUGCCAUCUGUGCUUCUACUAUGGGCCUUACAAUAUAAUAUACAAUUAAAGUAUUUCAACCGGAGCUUAUUAUAAUAAAAUGAUGGGCCUGAUUCACAGGUGGACGCAAUGCCGAUGUUUGCGGAUUUAAGCAUUUUGUAAUGUUUAUGCGUGACAGUCGCACUGCGCACGUGCCAAGUUUAUUUGUCAACGGCAAAGAGAGGAUUUGAACGCAGAGUGACUGACCGUCAGUGAUGGAGUAAUGAGGGGGAGGGUGACAAGUCAAACGCGGUUAUGAUGCAACCAUUUCGGUAACAUCUCAGCCUGUGACUGUGUCUGUGUACGCAGUUACAAUGGCUCUGACAGCUUACAGCACAGAUGAUCGAUGAUGCGACAGAUGUGCAUAAAAUAGUGUAUUUUUGUAUGCAAUUGAUGGAUUAGAAAUGCCACCAGUGGACGUCCCAGCCCACGGCUGCGACAUUAGUAUAUUUUCACAGAACCGCAGCAUACGGAAUCGCAGUCACGAUAGGAUUUGCAUGCAUAGCUGAAUCAGGUCCUACGGAACUUUGUCACAUUUUACAUUGUAGUGCCCCGAUGUCCGCCAUUGGAGAAUCACACGUGUUGAGCUUGCAUGCGCCGCCUCAAAAACUAAGUGGCCAUGGAGACUAUUUCAAGUUGCUGACAGCUACAGUUGUAUAGCUUUUCUUGUCGGCUACAAAGUACAGUAGCAUCACCCAGCAGAGGUAACACAGAGCUGUGUAAUAUGUUACUGGCUACAAAAUAGUGAUCAAUGAUUUCUUGCUGUUGCUGCAAAUAGGAAGCACACUCUCAGGGAUAUUCAAUUACCUGCACUGACUAUCGGGUGUAAAGUAUCGCCGGGGGGCUAUUAAAUCCCCAGCUUUACAGGGAUUUAUUUCACCUGCCUCAGGCAGGCGAAGCAAAGUCCCAGAAAACAGCCCCAUUUUCACCCGAAAACGGGGCUGUUUCCCCCGAAAACACAGGUUUGGCUGAACCUACGUGGUUUUAGGUGAAAAGGAUGUUUUUUCCAGGUGAAAAAACAUUGAUGAAACUGGAAGUUUAAUCGGCAGUAAUUGAAUAUCAGUGUCUGUCUGGUGACUUUCUGGGAUCUCCAAACGGGGAUCAUGUGUGUGACCAGCAAAAUAAACAUAUGUUGGGAACUAUUUACUUAAGCAGCAAAAUAGCUCUGUUGUAGCUUAAACAUUAAAAGACUAUGCACAAUGAAGAUCAAUGAUAUAUACGCAUUACAUAAUACAAGGGGCUAUAAAUUUAAUUGAAAACCUCAGUAUCUUCUCCCACAUAUUCAUAUAUUCCGGAUAUGCUUAUGAGUGCUUACUAUAUUCCACAUAGCCAGCAUAGAACAAACACAUUGGGGGAGCUGUACUAGGCCUUGGAGUGUAAUAUAUUGGGGAGAGAUAAAAUAACCCUCGUUCAGCUCCUAACUGCCAUGUUACAGGGUGUGUUUGAAAAAUGACAGUUAGGAGCUGAUUGGUAGGUAGUUUAUCUCUCUCCACUUUAUCACUUUUUAAGGCUUAGUACAACUGCCCCAUGGUGUAUCAUGUUUAUCCUAUUCUGGAUGUGACAGCUACAAAUCUGAGUUCGUGGCUUUGCCCUAUUCAGUGUAAUACAGGCCUAGGAAUAUGUUUUUUUGUUUUUAAUCAGAAACAAGUAUCAUCUUUCCUCAUAUCAGAGGCUGUUUAUAACCCCUUAGGAAACAAAGAAACUCAGAUUACUCCCUCUACUCUAACAUUUUUUAUAGAAUUCUUAUUUUGUGAUCCCACUCCUAUAAAAUAUCAACAAAAGAUCCAACAGGACAUGCUGCUGAAAACGGGUGGCAAAUGUGACGGCCUGCUCAGUGCGCCUCUCACGUGCGAUCUGUCACAAUGUACGGAGACUUUGAAUAAGAAGUAGUGCUACAAGGUAUGUGUGUGUGUGUGUGUCUUGCUCUCCAGGCCAUAGACAAGGAGAACCUUUGCUGCUACUGCUGUCUGGAACAGUGUUUGCAAUACUAUUUCAUAGACUAUAAAUUAGAAUUUUAUUUAUACAUAUUAUGAUGAUCAAUAGCUAUUAAGGAAAAGGGAAAAAGAGGAUGUCUGUAAGGCAUCCACUGACAAUAAUUUCUAGCUGUUUGUUGUGUUGAUUACCUACAUGUAAUGUACAUAUGCAGUUAUUUCACAGAGCAGCCUGUGCCAUGUGUAUUAUAUUGCUCUAUAUAUGUUAAGAAAAAUGACUGAGGCAAUUUGUAAACUGCUUCAUGGACUUACUGUGUAAAUAUUGAAUCAUUUUCCAGAGAAAUUACUACUGAUGGUUUACCGGAUUCACAAUGCACUUUUAGGUUGUGUGUUUAGAAAUGAGUAAUAAUAACAACGCUGUAGAAAUUUCAGGACUUUAUGUAACAAAUGUUUUGCAAUAAAAAGGAUGUGGUUACGAUCUUG